GAGUCCGAGUUCGUAGCCGUUCCGUAGCACUCUUCACUUGACAUUAUACACAUGCAGCUUGGUGGCACCUGCCGAGCUCUGUGCAUUGAGCUGUACAUCCGAGGCAUCACGACUCAGAUGAACGACUUGGCCCACGCCAAAAGCCAGCAACUGCUCAUGUCGAUCAAGGACGUGGAAUUUCGUUUGAGCACCAGCCUCAUGGAGUUGGCUGACCUGCUGCGCCAGGACGUCUCUGUGUGGAGGGAAUGCAUUUUGACAGCGUUCUCUUUGAACCCGACCCGCGAGUGCUUCGGCCAAGUGGAGAGCGCGGCAGUGGAAUCGUAUAAGCGCCUGCAGGCACCGACCUCUAUGGAGGUUCGCUUUUCCAGGGUGACCGUGACGGACGUGUACGCGACGGCCGGGCGCUGCGGCUCCGUGGACGUCCUCCUCGACCCGCGCAGCGUGCUCGACGCCGGCGCCCUGGGCUUGUCGCCCGCGCUGUGCGACGACCUCGCGGUCAUCUUGCGCUGCCUGCGCUACCAGGCCCUGCAGUGGAGCCUGGAGUGGGGCGAGCUGAAGCGCAGGUGCAUCCGGUACAUGGAAGAUAUCAAGGAGCGCAUCAACUCCCCCAGCGAGCUCAGGUUCCUCAAAAUUGACUUCGACAAUUUGAGAAACAGCUCUUGCGAGGAUGUCAGAAACUUCUUUGGAAUCAACGGUACGUCGCCACAGUGGAAUGAAAACGCCGAUGAAUCUUGCGUUCAGAUGAUUGAACGCUCCUACAAGCAAGUGUAUCCGGACGAGAAAAUGGAGAUAGUUUUUCAGGAAGUGAAAAGGACUUCUACUUCUCGCCUCUCGUCCCCGAUGUCAGAAGUCACCACUCACACGGCGGUAGGCGUCCACGUGAGUCAGUCACAGAGCCUGCUGGUCAGGGCGCAAAGGGACCCCGUGGAUGAAACCACUCGUGAAGGGUCGAGCGAAGACGAAUGGCAGGACACGAAGAAUAAGAAAGGACAUGCGCACGAAAAGAAGCACAGGGGCGCACGAGGCAGUAAUAAGAAAUCUUGCGUGAAGAUUGAUAGGUCAGUGAAACGGAAGGAUGACGUGAAUCUGAACAGCAUUAUUGAAAAUAUUCCAAACGGUGUUGAGGCUGAUCAGGAACUGCAGUCGGCCAUGGAAUACUUUGAUCUGGAAUGUCCACCGAUGGAUGAAAUUGCUACUCUUCCUCACACCUUUCCAGCAGACGCAACUGAGACAUCGCUGAAAAAAGACUUAGAAAAAUCGUUGCCCAUAUUCCACAACACUCAAAUGGAGUCGAAUACAGGAAAUGAGGUAAUAGAAGAAGCUUAA